AUGUCUGAUCCAAAGACCUUAAGCAAGAAGAACGACGUGAGUGUAAGCUCAGAUGCAGAGGAAGACUCCUUUGCAGCUAGCAGAACCCCGAGCAGAAGAGCCAGCAGCAUUUUCUCGCUAGAAGAUCCGCCGUUGGAACCUCCUAACGAAAGUGACAUAAAGAAAUUUACGAGUGACGAGUACCAUUUCAGCAUGAUCCGUAACUUGCAUUUAGCAGAUUUGAUCACCAUGAUGAACGGAUUUAGUGGGUUUUACUCCAUUAUCAGUUGCCUGCGCUUCACGCUCACCAAAAAGCCCCACUACGUGCAAAGGGCACACUUUUUUAUUUUGCUAGGCAUGUUUUUCGACGUUUUCGAUGGUAAGGUGGCCCGUCUCAGAAAUCGGUCGUCGUUGAUGGGACAGGAACUAGACUCGCUUGCAGACUUAGUGUCGUUUGGUGUUGCGCCUGCGUCCAUCGCUUUUGCAAUUGGCUUCCAAUCCACUAUCGACGUUUUAGUUUUGUCCUUUUUCGUGCUAUGUGGCCUCACCAGGCUCGCCAGAUUCAAUGUUACCGUGGCCCAAUUGCCCAAGGACGUGACGGGCAAGUCCAAGUACUUCGAAGGCUUGCCUAUUCCAACUUCACUGUUUUUGGUCGGAACAAUGGCUUAUCUAGUCAACCAAGGUUUCAUCUUGGACAAUAUACCACUGGGAAUUUUUGCUCAAAGUGAAUGGUAUGAAUUUCAUCCCGCAGUGCUCGUCUUUUUCUUGCAAGGUUGCGGCAUGAUUUCCAAGAGCUUGAAGAUCCCCAAGCUGUGA